AAUCGUGCCUCAAAACAGACUUCAUCUAGCCUAGUUCGUCAAAAUGGUCUACAAGUUCUGCAUCUUGGCUGCCCUUGCAACCGUGGCUAGCUGCGGUUACGCUAGCUCCUCAGCAUACGUGAAGGCAGCUCCAUCACAUGUACAUGCACCGGCGACAUCUUACGGAAGUUACGGCCACGGUACGGAGUCUUACGGUCAAGAGUCAUACCACGACACGCACCCCAGCUACAAAUUCGAGUACAGCGUCCACGAUCCUCACACCCACGACGUGAAGGCACAAGCUGAGUCCCGAGACGGUCACAACGUCAAGGGCUUCUACUCCCUUUACGAGGCUGACGGCAGCAAGCGAGUCGUCCAUUACGCUGACAACGGACACGGCUUCGAGGCUACCGUUCACAAGGAGGGUGGUCAACACCUCAUCUCCGCCCCCGUCAACUACUCGCCUAUCUACCGCGCUGCUCCAGUCUACGAAAAGCUUGUCUGAAACCUCCUGGUCAUUUCACUAACGAGCUCAUUCCCUUCUUUCCCACCUGUCUCUGGUUCUGUUUGGCAGAAAAACCUCCAU